AUGAAAUUGAAUAUGAGACCAAAGGGCUAUACAACAAACAAUCGUUCAGCUGUAGUGCCCUUCCGAUACCUAGCUGCCAUGCCACCCGAAGGAAGCACGAGGGCUGGGAUACUGCCAGGUUGCCCAAGCCUAGACAGGGGAAAUCGAGAGGCAGAGCAACUGGAACAUGAGGCGGCCUGGUGCAGCACAUUCAGUGGCCUGGAAACAUCACAAAUGAGAGACUCAGCUGGGUUCCGGAUGAGUCUCUCUCAAAACCAGAUUUGUUUGCAAAUGAGUGUUGCUGAAAACUCCUCGACAGCCCACGGCCGUUUCGCCCUCCUUGGGGCUCAUCAGCAACUGAAACGCGAGGCGGCCUGGUGCAGCACAUUCAGUUACCUGGAAACAUCAAAUCUGAGUGAUUCAUUUGGGUUCCAGCUGGCUGGAAGACCAGUCACACUGAAUUCCAGAAUGAAGGAGAUGCACUAUCGCGUUUCCAUCACCCCAAACCAAAGAAGGUUCUUCCCAAUAAAGAAAACUACUCACAAGGUUGCUGAAAACUCUUGGACAGCUCACGACCGGUUUCGCCCUUCUUGGGGCUCUUCAGGUGGGCGCAGCCCUCGAGUUUCCGUCAACCUUAUGUUCUAUAACGGUCGUUAUUUUUUCCAUGAAUUCGCUUACCAUUUCCACCUGUCUACAGCUAACGGAGCCCCAUCGUGCACAAAGCUGAAGACGACAAGGAAACUACUCACAAGUUUGCUGAAAACUCUUCGACAGUCCACGACCGGUUUUGCCCGUCUUGCGUCUCAUCAGGUGGGCGCAGUCCCGAGUUUCCAUCAACCUUAUGUUCUACUUGAACCUAAAUUGGACUGUUUUCGACAAAUAGAACAUAAGUUAAGACAAAUGUUCGCUUGUGAUAAAAAUCGGUUCAAAAGACGUAAAAAGACUAGGUACAACCAUCAAAAAAUCAUUCAUGAAAUGAAAAUGUUUAACAGAUGUGAAAGUGUUCAGCUGUAA